AUGAAAGCCUGCUGUGCGAAAUACGCGGCCUCUCUUGUCGCACCCGGUACUGCUGCCAGAACAGCGGCCUUUGCCGCGAGGUCCAGAGCUCCAUUUUCUCCAUUGGCACUGGGCCGUCGAACAAUGUCUUCUACAGUCGUCAAGUAUGGCGCAAUGCCGAAAGAGCUUCCCACAGACGAUCCUGACGACGUCCUGUUCAAUUCCCUCUACGGUGUGCGAACCAUCGAAUUGAAUCGACCCAAGAAGCUCAACUCGCUCAACGGAUCGAUGGCGAGAAAAAUACUACCUCGCCUCCGGGAGUGGGAAAAGUCGCAAAUGGCCAAUGUCAUUCUGAUCAGUGGUGCUGGCCCGAAAGCUUUCUGCGCAGGAGGUGACGUUGCGGAACUUGCGCUACAGAACAAAGAGGGACCCGAAGGUCAAAAGAAGUCUUCGGACUACUUUGCUCUUGAAUACCAAUUGGACCACCUGAUUGCCACAUACAGCAAGCCAUACAUAGCCAUCAUGGACGGUAUAACAAUGGGCGGUGGUGUUGGUCUCUCGGUCCAUGCGCCCUUCCGGAUUGCUACUGAAAAGACCGUUUUUGCGAUGCCUGAAACAACCAUUGGUUUCUUCCCUGACGUUGGUGGGAGUUUCUUUUUGCCUCGUCUGGAUGGCGAGAUUGGCACAUAUCUAUCACUGACCUCCGAACGACUCCAUGGCGUGCAGACCUUCUACGCUGGCAUUGCCACGCAUUACGUUGACAGCUCUGUGUUGGCACAAAUGACCACCCGGCUUUCCGAGCUCGUCUUCAAAGAUUACGCGGACCUGAACGAGCGACUGCAGCUUAUCGACUCCACGAUCUCUGAGUUUUCGAGUAGUCUACCCUCACCCGAUUCCUACGAAGCUGCCAAGAAUGGCAACCUCACCGGCGACUUGCGGGAAGCUGUCGAUCGAGUUUUCAAGUACAACACAAUAGAGGAGAUAUUGGCCGCUCUCCAAAAGGAAACGGAAUCUUCCAACGAGAGGAUUGCCGAAUGGGCCAAGGCAACCCAAAAGACCAUCGCUAUCCGAUCACCCACGAGUCUGCGUGUCACGCUACGUCAGCUCAGAGAAGGGAAGCACUGGAAUAUCUCCGAGACCUUCAUCAAAGAACACAAGAUGGCUAGCAGAUUCAUGGCACACCCCGACUUUGUUGAGGGCGUCUCUGCACGCCUGAUCAACAAACCGCCAACGAAGCCCGUGUGGAAACCUGCCAAGUUAGAGGAUGUCUCGACGGCAGAUGUGGAUGAAUUCUUUGCCACGCCCACAGAGCAGGAGGCCCUGAAGUUGGUGGAGCCUCACCAAGGAGCACUGAAUCAGCAUUACACAGACUACCCGCACGCCAAAUUUGCUUUACCUCGGGAGUCAGAUAUUGAGGCUGUUAUCAAGGAUCUGGGCAAGGAAGGCUCCAAGAGGGUUAUUGAUGAGGUUUUGAGGCAAUGGAAGAACAAAGCCGGCGUGAGGGAGAAAGUCCAAGACGUCAUUGCACGCAAGACUGUCUCCAGCGACGGAAAAGCGCUUCGCUGGAAGGGUGAAAGUGCCCGUUUAUAG